CGUUUCUUGUUUCCAAAAGCGGGAAAUUUGUUUUCUGUGCUGGCAACCUAAAAAAACAGCAGUGAGAGAUUUUUUACAAAUUAUUUGAAUAGCAGAUGAAUGAAUAGAUUCUAGAUAAUAAUGGAAAAUCCAACAGAACAAGGAGAAUUGGAAAUAUCGGACUUGAAAACCCUAGAUAACUUUUUAACAAACUGGGAUAAUUCCGAAAACAGUUUAUACAUUUCCAAAGUUCCAGAUGCUUGUAAAGAAUAUCCCUGCUGUUUAGGAAUAGAUGAAGCUGGAAGGGGCCCUGUCUUAGGCCCUAUGGUAUAUGGAAUUGCAUUUUGUCCAAUUAAUGAAGCUGCAUUACUUGCUUCUCUCAACUGUGAUGAUUCCAAAGUUUUAAAAGAAGAGCAACGUGAUAAAAUAUUCGAAGAUAUAUGUCGGAAUUCACAAAAAAUUGGUUGGGCUAUUGAGCUGUUAUCGCCCAAUAAAAUAUGUAAUAAUAUGUUAAGUAGAUCUAAGCAUUCAUUGAAUCAGGUCUCUAUGGAUUCUGCCAUUGGAUUAAUCAGAUCGGCAAAGAAAAAUGGGGUGAAAAUUGAGCACAUAUUUGUGGAUACUGUUGGACCACCUGAAAAGUACCAAGCCUAUUUAAAGAGUCUUUUUCCUGAAUAUAAAAUAACAGUGGCUAAAAAAGCUGAUUCUACUUAUCCCAUUGUAUCAGCUGCUAGUAUUUGCGCUAAAGUUACUAGAGAUCAUGCACUCCAAACAUGGAAAUUUAAGGAAGGACAUAACAUUACUCAUAAAGAGUUUGGUAGUGGAUAUCCAGGAGACCCUGUAACUAAAAAAUUCCUAGCUGAUAAUUAUGAUAUGGUUUUUGGUUAUCCCCAAUUAGUAAGGUUCAGUUGGUCGACAGUGCCAAAAAUUCUAGAAGAAAAAGCUUACCAUGUUGAAGUUGAAGAAGUAAGUGAUGAUGAAUCUAAAAAGACCCCAGUCAGUAAUAAUACAAUAACGUCGUUUUUCAAACUUUCUAACGAGGACUCUCAAAAACCAAAAAAGGCUCGUUUUGACUUCUUCACUGAAAGAUGUUUAAGUAGGGAAGUGAAUCUUUGAUUUUAUUUCUUAAGAUGUCAUUGUUAUCCAAAAUUUUAGAAUGUAAAACUGCAAAUAAAAUUUUAUAAUUGUUCACCGACUAAAAA